AACAACACGGCUGCUCUUUCAACCACCUCGGUAGCUUGCUAGCCAACAUAAGACUGAAAGAUUGAGGUUUUAGACAUUAUUAAUGUACAUUAGCUAAUCUCAGUGUUGAAAACACAUUUCUGGCGACGUAUCUACUGGUUAACUUUAACCUAAUUUCAUUGUACAAUUUGCAAACUUGUUAAAUAUUGAUACUGAGCCUAGCACUAAGCUAGUCGCUAAUGCUAGCUAACAUCCCGGACCAUGAGCUCACUAAACUACUCAUCCCCUGCUAAAGAAGAUGAGGUCUGCUGUUUGGAGAAAGAAGCUCUGGCUCUGAACAUUGUCGUGAAAGAUGAAGAAGAGGAGGAUAUUACAGUGAAAGGAGAGAAAGACGCUCUGGCGCUGAACAUUGUCGUGAAAGAAGAGGAGGAGGAUAUGACAGUGAAAGGAGAGAAAGAAUCAUUCAGAAUGAAAAUGGAGGAAGAGGAGGCUGUAAUAGUGAAGGAAGAGAAAGAACCGUUUCGAGAGGAAGAGGAUGCUGUCUCAAUAAAGGUGAAGGAGGAAGACGUUUUGGGAGUGAAAGAGGAGGAGACAGAAUAUCUGAUUAACACCAGAGAGAGACGUGACUAUCGUGGAUCCUCUGGGGAGCCUCAACAACAUCCUGAUGCUGACGAGGAAGAGAAGAGUCUCUCCAGAUCAGAACACCAGAUGGACAACGCUAGCCCUUCCUCCCUCCUGGAGUCCCCGCGUCGUGCCUCUCCUGGUAGCACCUUACUGCUGGGCAGGAAGAGGUUGUCUGUGCUGCUGGUGGACUGCAGGAAAACAACGGGGCUGAGUGGAACUGUGAGAGGAGGAGAAGAGAUGAAAGGAUCAGAUUUAACUCAUCAAAGAGAAAGACCAGACUCAGAGGAACCAGAGCCAGUGAAGUCCAAACCAGCAAGGCAACACCUCUGCUCCCAGUGUGGAAAGAGUUUUAACCAGAAAGAGCACCUGAAAAAACACGAGAGAAUACACACGGGGGAGAAGCCUUACCACUGCUCCCAGUGUGGAAAGAGUUUUACCCAGAAAAGCAACCUGAAAAAACACGAGAGCAUACACACAGGGGAGAAGCCUUUCCAAUGCUCCCAGUGUGGAAAGAGUUCUGCUCACUUAUGUAAACUGAAAACACAUCUGAGAAUACACGGGGAGAAGCCUUACCACUGUUCCCAGUGUGGAAAGAGUUUUGCCCACUUAUGUAACCUGAAAUCGCAUGAGAGAUUACACACAGGGGAGAAGCCUUACCCCUGCUCCCAGUGUGGAAAGCGUUUUACCCACUCAUGUAACCUGAAAACACAUGAGAUAUUACACACAGGUGAGAAGCCUUACCCCUGCUCCCAGUGUGGAAAGAGUUUUGCCCACUUAUGUAAACUGAAAAUACACCAAAGAAUACACACAGGCGAGAAGCCUUACCAAUGCUCCCAGUGUGGAAGGAGUUUUACCCACUUAUGUAACCUGAAAAGACAUGAAAGAUUACACACACAAUCUCCCCCUGGUACCCAACUCCAUACUGGAGCCAUCUUCCCCUGGCCCCCAACUCCAUCCUGGAGCCAUUUUCCCCUGGCCCCCAACUCCACACUGGAGCCAUCUUCCCCUGGCCCCCAACUCCACACUGGAGCCAUCUUCCCCUGGCCCCCAACUCCAUCCUGGAGCCAUCUUCCCCUGGCCCCCAACUCCAUACGGGAGCCAUCUUCCCCCGGUACCCAACUCCAUCCUGGAGCCAUCUUCCCCUGGUACCCCAACUCCAUCCUGGAGCCAUCUCCCCCUGCUUUCAGAAUGAAAAGGGAGGAAGAGGAGGCUAUCACAUUGAAAGAAGAGGAUGAUAUUACACUGAAAGAGGAAGAUGGCAAAGAGGUUGUCAGAGUGGAAGAGGAGGUAGAAGCUUUCAGAAUCAUAAAGGAGGAAGAUGAGAAUGUAGUGAAAGAAGAGGAAGAGGAAGACGUCUUGGGAGUGAAAAAGGAGGAGACUGAAGAACUGAUUGACACCAGAGAGAGACAUGACUAUGGUGGAUCCUCUGGGGAGCCUCAACAACAUCCUGAUGCUGACGAGUCAGAGAAGAGUCUCUCCAGAUCAGAACACCAGAUGGACAACGCUAGCCCUUCCUCCCUCCCGGAGUCCCCGUGUCAUGCCGCUCCCGGUAGCACCUUACUGCUGGGUAUGAAGAGGUUGUCUGUGCUGCUGGUGGACUGCAGGAAAACAACGGGGCUGAGUGGAACUGUGAGAGGAGGAGGAGAAGAGAAGAAAGGAUCAGAUUUGACUCAUCAAAGAGGAAAACCAAACUUGGAGGAACCAGAGACGAUCAAACCAGCAAGACGACACCUCUGCUCCCAGAUUGGAAAAAGUUUUACCAAGUUAGGAAGCCUGAAAAGACAUGAGAAGAGUCUCACAGGGGAAAAGCCUUACCACUGCUCCCAGUGUGGAAAGGGUUUUAGACAGCAAGGAAGCCUGAAAGCUCACGGCCGAAUACACACAGGAGAGAAGCCUUACCACUGCUCCCAUUGUGGAAAGGGUUUUAGACAGCAAGGAAGCCUGAAAGUUCAUGGCCGAAUACACACAGGGGAGAAGCCUUACCACUGCUCCCAUUGUGGAAAGAGUUUUAACAGGUUAGGAGGCCUAAUAACUCAUGAGCGAAUACACACAGGGGAGAAGCCAUACCGUUGCGCCCAGUGUGGAAAGAGUUUUGGCUCGUUAGGAAACCUGCAAUCUCAUGCGCGAUUACACACGGGGGAGAAGCCAUACCAUUGCACCCAUUGUGGAAAGAGUUUCCGCAUGUUAGGAAACCUGCAAUCUCAUCUGCGAAUACACACUGGGGAGAAGCCAUACCAUUGCGCCCAGUGUGGAAAGAGUUUUAGCAUGUUAGGAAACAUGAAAGCUCAUGAGCAAAUACACACAGGGGAUAAGCCUUACCACUGCUCCCAGUGUGGAUCUAGGUUUACCAGGUUAGGAAGCCUGAAAAGACAUGUGGACACACACCGAAGCCUUUCCAUUGCACCCUGUGUGGAAUGAGUUUUAACCAUUUAGGAGACCUGAAAAGAAAUGAGAGAAUACACACAGGGGAGAUGCUUUACUUUGCGCCUAGUGUGGAAGUUUUAGCUUAAUAGGAAACAUGAAAUAUGAUCUAAAUACACCCAUGGGAGAAGCCUUACAAAUGUCACUUAUAAGGCACGUGAGGAUCCACACAGAGAAAAAUAACUUCUCCUACUGUGUAAACUGAAAUUUCACAUCACAUUGACUUAAAAUUCAUCAGAGAACAUACACAGUGCUCCCAUUGUCUUAUUUUAUUAACUGACAAUGUGUUUAAUUGUUUAUAGCAGAUGAAAUUAAAUUAUAGCAUACUCUAAAACAUAUUUGUAUGUUUUUAUUAGAAAAUAAAACUGAAUAUGGAGUCUGUCAGUUUGAAUAUAGAGUAGAUCAGAUUCCAUGUGUUUAAAUGGUCCUUUUUUAAACUCUGAUUGUGUGUUUAUCUGGGUGUGUCAUUCCUCCAGCACUACAGAUAAUCAAGUGAUAUUUGUAGAUCAGAUUCCAUGUGUUUAAAUGGUCCUUUUUUAAAAGUCUGACAUUGUGUGUUUAUCUGGGUGUGUCAUUCCUCCAGCACUACAGAUAAUCAAGUGAUAUUUGUAG